AUGCCAAAAAAGGAAACGCAUGGAAGAGAAGUUGCAGAAAUCAUCAAAGAUUUACAAUUAUUUAAUCCGAAAAGCGUGUCAGCAAGUCAUCGAUUGGCUCAUGACUGCUAUAUGAUAUUAGUGGGUUAUGUAAACGACGAUGAUGCUUUAGAGAAACUUGGGGAUAUGAUCGAGUCUAGAGAAGAAUCGAACGAAAAUCAAUUUGAAGCUGCAGCUAGUAUCUCAAUAAUGGAAUGUGAAGAAGUGGAGUUUAUACUUGAGCAUAUGGAGUUACAUUAUCAAACUGAAGAUCUCAGUGAUGCUCGCACCGAUCAUUUCGUCUAUGAAGAUAAUUUCAAUCCAACACUUUUCGGUCUUGUGGAAAAAAACUCAUCAUUCGGAAAACUGAGAUCACUUUGCUAUCGUUACGAAACAAAGCCGAAUAUUAAUGUGGAAAAAGUAAUGGCAAAGCAUGAUGCACGCGUUGCUAAUUCAACUCCGAUUUUCCAACAAAAAGGUGUAUCGAAAGAUGAAGCUCAAGCAUUAUCAUUAGCACUUUCAUUCUACACUGGCACCGAAAAUGUGAUUCAAUCAUUCUGUAGCGCAUUUUGGACCGAAGAAAAGAAAUGGUGGUUUGUUGCUGAUUGUCCUUAUAAUAAUGCUGAUACUAUUGAACUUUAUAGUCAAUCUCCACCAAGUCAUGACAAAGUCAUAUUUUGUCCAGCAGCUUUUUGGGCUUCAAAUUCAGUAAAUCCUAAUUUUAAAAGCGUGAGAACGCUCGGAUUACAAACUUCAACUGAUCAGAUGUGGUUCAUACGAGGCAAAAGCCGUUAUUUCUCGAAUGCUACAACGAUUCGACCACCACCAACUCCAAGUGGUUGGUCUUGUUGGAACGACAAGUCCACGCUUUCAAAUUACAUUAACUUAACAGUAGUUAAAAAAUUCAUCAUCGAAGAUGAAUCUCUUACUGAAGCUCUACCACUAAUGGCAAGCCUUACAACCCUCAAAUUCAGACAUUUAUGGAAGACUCUUGAAUACUUCAAGAAGAUUUCUUCUCCGAUACAUCAGCUUAAAAAUCUAAUUCUCGCAACAUCCUGGACUGCAAAUUAUUGCUUGAAUCAAUCUGAAUUAAGUAGAAUCCACUAUUUAUUUCUUAAUCUCGAAUAUCUUGAAUUAGCAAUUAGUCAACUCGAUGAUUUAACUAUUCUCAUCAAUGAAUUAAUCCAUUUAACUUAUAUGAACGGUCAUUUUGCAUGUGGAUCAACUAGCGAACAACAAAUACAACAGUGGAUGGAGAAACAUGAUGCGAUGGACAAACUCAGAUGGUCACUAGAAAAAGAUCGUCUCGGUAUAUGGUUAUAUUAG